AUGGCAUAUGCGGAAAGGUUGGAACAUGGAAAUAAAAUGGCAUUCACUGGCCAUCGAAGAUUCUUAUCACGUUAUCAUCCUUACAGAAAAUUAACCGAAGAAUUUAAUGGUAAGGAAGAACUUGACCCGACACCAAUGCCUCUAACCAGGGAGCAAGUAUGGAAAGAAGUCGAGUCCAUAAACUAUGAGUGGGGGAAGAGAACUAGGAAGCGGAAAGAUAAUGUAUGUGAGAGUAUUUUCGGUACGUUCUUGAACAUUCCCGGGAAAACAAAAGAUGGUGUGGCAGCUCGUAAGGAUCUUGUUACAUUGGGGGUAAGAAUUGGUUUGGCGCCACAAGUUGGGAAAAAGAGAACUUUUUUGCCUCCAUCAAUGUGUACAUUGAAUAAGAAGGAGAAAAUUUCAAUGUGCAAAGCAUUGAUGGAUAUAAAAGUGCCAGAAGGCUACUCUUCAAAUAUAAGAAACAUUGUAUGCAUGAAAAAGUUGAAACUACUUGGUCUUAAGUCACAUGAUUGCCACGUAUUGAUGCAACAAUUACUACCCGUGGUUAUACGUGGUGUGUUGCCUAAACAUGGUUGUAUCACUGAACGCGUCCAUGUGGAAGAAUCUGUACAGUUUUGCUCAGAGUACAUGGCUGAUUUAGGUACAAUUGGGGUACCUAUAUCGCAGUUAGAUCUAGCAAAUACUAUCAUUGCUUUAUCAAGCUCUGUUAUAGAAUUAGUGCCGCAUGACAAAUGGGAGCAAGCACAUCGAACUAUCUUGGAUAAUACAAUGGAAGUUGAUCAUUACAUAAAUCAGCUUAACAACAACAAUGCCAACAUCAAAUCAAACAUCUCAACAAUGCCAACAUCAAAUCAAACAUCUCAACAAAAUUCUUAA